AUGGAAGAGUUCGCCAAUCAUGUGGAGGCUUCUUUGAAGGAACCGCAGCUGGUGUCUGCAGGAGGCCCCCCUGGAUUCCCAACAGGCACCGGCAGGCCUGAUGGAGGGGAGAAGGAGCCCAAGACUGCUGACAGAGCUAGCAGAUGCAGGGCCAGGGCUGGGUCCCUGGUGCCUUUUUUCUGGUUUCCCCAGAAGGUCAACGAGAAUGUGGCACGGUUGACCUCCGGAACAGUGGUCCUGAUUUGCGUGCUGUCAAUUAUCUUCCGGGCACAGCAAACCAUCGCAUUUGCCACUGGCGGCUUGGCUGCCGACUAUCUCUCCAGGAUUGUGUUUGGGGGCAUCUUCAGCCCCAUUGGUGUCACCUCAUCUGUCAUUGCGGCUUUCCUUCCCAAAGCUUAUGUGGACGGUGCCCCAAAACAAUUUGCCGUCUUCUGCGGCUUCUUCUUCUCCUUCAUGGCGGCCUUGAUUUUCUUUGCGGCGGAGAACACCAUUGCUGCCUCAUGCUUCCUCGCUGCCUUGGCAGGCGCCGCCGCCCUGGAGUGCUUCAUCAACUUCUGCGCCGGUUGCUGGAUGUUCGGCCUCUUGGUCAAGGCCGGGCUAGUGAGCGGCGAAUUCAAGGACGAGGCACACGCUAUGCUCCGAGAUUUGGAAGCUGGGGACGCUUGGGACGAUGUUAAGCCGCUUAAUGCGAAGACAACGGACGCCGUCUUCAUGGGAAGCCUUCCAGAGCGGGCGGCUGACGUGGCGCUCUAUUACAAGGUCGACAAAAGCGACGAGUUCCGUAAGGAGGACCGUCACUUCAUCCGUCACACGCAGGUCUCCUGGUUCGCUGCGCCGAUGGGGCUGGCUGGCUUGGCCUGUGUCUGGGUUCCUGCCCAGGACGCCAUCCAUACUCCCAAGGGCCUGUGGCAGGGUUUUGGCAUCGCGAGCGCGGUCGUCUUUGCGGUGCUCCUAACGUUAUACGCCUCUCGCUGCCUCUUUUACCCGCGCAAGAUCGCCAAGGAGUGGGCCCAUCCGGUUUACAGCAACUUCUUUUCGACCGUAACCAUCACCCUCCUGCUCUACGCGUACGUGGCGGCAGCCGGUGACCGCCCCCGGCUCUGCGAGGUUCUCUUCUGGAUCGCGGCGCCCAUCCAGCUAUUGCUCGCAGUCAUCAUGGUCGCCCGGUGGAUCCGCUCCCCGUUCUUCCUUCACAGCGUCAACCCCGCCUGGAUGAUCCCGGUCCUAGGCAACUUUGUCGCGGCCUUCGUGGCGCCGUUUGUCCAGGGCUACGUGAGCAAGACCCUCGAGUUCCAAGAAGCGGGUUACCUCUGGUUCAGCUUCGCCCUCCUCAUGUGGCUCGUGCUGCUAACCCUCACCCUAACCCGCGUCAUAACCAGCGGGAACCUGGAAGAGAAGCUGCGCCCCUCGGUGUUUAUCUACAUGGCGGCACCGGCGAUGGCCGGGUUAGCGUACCUGUCGCUAACCCUGGGGGUUUGGGACGAGUUUACCCGGAUCCUUUUCUUCAUUAGCUGGGUCUGGUUCUUCGUUAUGUGCUGGCUGGGGAUCACGGGUUACUUCUGGUCUAGGUUUGAGAUGGCCAGCUGGGCGUACGUUUUCCCGCUGGCCACCCUCGCGCUCUUCUCCCUGGAGUACCAUUCACACCUACGGACCGCAUUCACACCCGUCCCCGCGAUCGCUUCGCUGGUCGCGCUGUGCGUCGCGGCCUACAUGUGCCUCGGGUUUACUGUCCUCAG